AUGUUACUGGCUGGAACCUGGCAAACUGGACGGAAAAGAGUGACAAACAGCAAUGGAACACCUCCACUACUUUCGAGGGGGGCCACCACGGCUGACGGCGCUCCCUACUGGGCAGGUGGUGCCUUCCGCGCUGUGUCCCCAUCCAUUCAGCGGUCACUGGUCAGUCACCCUGCCAUGACAAAGGGGAACCCAAACAUCCAUUCGAUAUCCAUCAAGGCCCAGUUCAGUCCUCUCCAGCAACUUUCUCCAACCCUUGAGCGCAUUCGUCAAUCAUACUACCUACCAUACAACACUGGCAAUACCCUCAUCCUCGACUUUGAUCAAUCGCCGGAAAGUCAGACUCUCGAUACCGACCCGCCUCAACAUCCGCGAUUGCAAAGAACUUCGUUCCACCCCUUUUCGACGACCUCAUCACUCUCCGCAACCAUGAGACCCUCCACCUUCCUCGUCGCCGCUCUGGCUGUCGUCCCCGGUGCUCUCGCCGUCGACCAGAUGAAGUCCGUCAUCGUCUGGGCCAAAACCGAUUCCGUCGGUGACGACAUCAUUCAGAGGGCGAAGCAAUCCAUCAUCGAUGCCGGCGGUCAGAUCACCCAUACCUACUCUUUGAUUAGGGGAUUUGCCGCCGUCACACCUGCUAAGGUCCUUGAAUCUGUUCAAGCCUUCAGCGAAAGCCUCACAAUCGAAGAGGACCACACCGUCACCAACUCCGUAUAG